AUAAGAUAUUUAAUUUUCCUUUGCAUUGCACCGGUACAGUACCACGACUUGAUGUAAUGCAAAGUGGACGAGAGCCCAACAGCUCUCAAAACAACAAAAGAAGAAACAAAACUGAACUAAACUAAACAAAACAAAACAGAAAGCAAUCAUGAUUAUGAGGAAAGGAAUCUGGUUUGGCAAGCUAUCCGAUGGCACGGAAGCCUCAAUCGGUGAUAUGGUGUCUCAAGAACUAACCGUGGUGCAGGCAGCCAGGGUGCGUCUUGUAGGACACCAGAGGCCCCUGGAUCAUAACGCGACGGUGGCAGUAGCCCAAUACUUGCGCCAGCGAUACCCUGAACUGAACCGGGAAGAGCAACCUUCGCAGUACACCGAAGCUGGCUUUACUCGAAGAACUCUACCCGAGGUAGAUGCGGCGAAUGCAGUUCGAGUGACCGUAGCCCCGCCAUCCGUCGGCCCGGAGAAGUGCCAGGAGAAGGCCUUGGCGCUCAUGAAUGGGCACGUGCUUCGUCAUCCCAGCUCCUUUUCUAGGUUGGGAUGGUGCAUCGACGUCCUCCACAGCCAAGAUGGCAACGAUUGUCUCCUCUGGGUUGUCUUGACAAUGUCUCACAGCCACUCUGAUGGUGUGGGAAUGCAGGUGCUCGUGUCAGACUUUCUUGACGCCUACUUGUUGCUUUUGAUUGGAGAUGCCUUGCCGUCUCGGGAACGUCUUCCAUUGUUUUCAUCCCUACCUCGCGAGAGGACCUCUCUGUCCUGGGGAAAGCAGGUUGGAUAUGGCUUCCUUGGAUGGAUGAGUUCCAAACUCAUGGCUUAUGGCGGACCAGCACCGAUGUUGUUGACCCCAGCAGCAAAGGAGCAUGCAGCAAAGAUCAAGGAAGAUCGCCUUCGAGCAGGCAAACUUCAAAAUGAAGGCCCAAUGCAUGUGGAAUUUGUGGAAUUGGAUGCAGCCAGCACAAAGCAGCUAUGUGCUCAUGCACGCUCGGUUGGAUUGACUGUGGGCUCCCUUGUCCAUGGAGCUCUCUUUGUGGCACUGGCCAAGCGAUACUUUCAGGAGCAUCCCGAGGCGAAGAAGCUGGAACUGGAGAUCCCGCUGUCUGUCAACAUGCGAAAGUUCCUGAACCCACCGUUGCCCGGCACCGUGCUAGCACCGCAACAGGGCGAGUUGCAGAUCAAGCUCCGGACAACGCGGCUUGAGGUCGAUCAAGCACUCGCAAGUCACAAGGCCAUGAUUCCAUUGAUCCACAAGAUUGCCUUGGACUCUCGAACCAAGGUCCAAGCAGAUCUCGCCAAACCAGAAAAGCUCAAAGCCUUGGACUUUAAUAUCACGACGGCGUCCAUCUUGCGCAAUUCCAAAGCUGAGCAACUAGGAGCCAUUCAGUACAUUGGUGACGCCUGGCUUUCCAAUGUGGGUCUCUUUCGUCCUUCGGAGCGAGUGCAACGGGCGGGUCGCUUGAUUCAGGUGGAGACAACUCUGACCCUGAAUCCAACCAUCAUGCCUGCGUAUGAAUUGGUAUGGAGCAACACAGUUGCUGGCGGAAGCAUGGCCCUCAGCAUGGUCACUGACGAGACCAUGGGCCGCAACAAAGCCAGUUCCCGAGCUCUGUUGCAAGACAUGGCCAAUCUUUUGCAAGUUCUUGUCCAUUGAAUAGCACCAGUAUGAUGUUAUUGCAAUGGGACAGCAGUUUAGUCAGAUAGUAAGUUGAUAACUACUAUUUUCU